UUUAUUAUUACAUAAAAUAAUGAGUGAAAAGAUAUUUGCAUUUCUGUGUUCCGUGCUUCUCCUCGUCAUUUCGUCAUCAAAAUCGCAGCAAAAUUCCAUCAACGAGGAUGAUAAUUUGACGAUACGAUACGAGAUAAAUACGGAUUCUACAACAAAUUAUAACGACGAAAUAAUAACACUGCGACAUGAUUUGCAUAAAAAAUUUAUAAAUAAUACACAAAAUGACAAAGAAUUUCAUACGAACGGCAAUCGCGAGGAUGAUGAUUUGAUUCAACAUAAACGUUCCGAGCAUUUAAUGCAGAAUAAAGAUGAUAAGCAAAAAUCGAUGAAAUCUAACACGAAUUCGACAAAUAUUAAUCAUAAAAGGAAUUUCACGGCUCAGGAAGGGUAUGAAAAUGUAAUUAAAAAGAAUGAUUCCAAAUCACUUGAAGUCUUCAAAAAUUCCAGCAAAAAUGCUAAUGAAACUAUCAUCGUCCCAAACGAAAUGUGUCAUAAUGAUACUUGCAUUCGCCUCUGCUGUUUUCUUGGCUAUCGUCUGGUUGAUGACAACUGCAUUCCUGAAGGAAUUGAAUACAUUUUUCCAAAGGUAUACACGAACGAUUCGACGCAGAGCAAAAAGAAAGUAAACGAAUUGUUUCAGCUGUCCAUUUAUGAUUUGUGCAAAAAAAAGGAUUACAAUCUGCUUUUCAAAGAUUUUCAGUAUGAGUACGAUUAUAAAAUUUUUACCAACGGUUCUAUAUAUUUAAUUGAUUCUGAAAUAAUGAUUUCGAAUAACGGUUUUAUAUAUUUAACUGAUUCUAAAAUGUUUGUUGAUUCGAUAUUAUAUUGUUUCGACGUCGUCGAAGGGAGUAAAUUCCAAGUGAUCUUCUGUUCCGAAACCACUGACAAGAUCAAGGAGGUAACUGAUAAAAAGCCCUUGAUUUUUGACACACAAAUUAUAAGAGUUAGUGCUUAUAUAGUAUCUAUAUUACUUUUGGGGUCAGUAUUUCUGGUGUAUUCCAUAUUGCCAGAACUCCGAAAUAGACACGGCUUCAUGUUGUGCAAUCACAGCGGUGCCUCGUUUUUUGCAUACGGAAUUGACAUUGUGUAUUCUUUUAACAAAUCAGAUGAUGUACAGUAUCCCGUCUGCGUUACAAUAGGUAGAAGGAUUCAGUUCGUUACGAAGAAACGUCAGACAACGAGAAAAAAGAAAGUUGAUAUAUUAUACGAUCUUUGCGUGGGGAUGUCCGUUUAUGUUUGCUAUUUUAUGUGUCAGCAUGGAUAUUCUUUCUGCGUAUGUACCAUUGAUUUUGCGACCGGAAUUUCAUUUACAAGAUUAUUGCUGGUUCAACGGUUUAAUCUAUAUCUGAAGCUAUUUAUCGUACUGUUUAUCUUAAUAGGCAUAAAAUGGUUUAUGUUAACAGCGGAAGUAUUAUCUGAAAACGUAUCAAUUUUCAACUCGUAUGUUUUUGAUUUGCUAAACAUUAUGCAGAAUCUAUGCACCUUUAUCAUAUUUGUGUGGAGAAAAAAGAUCAAGCGCAUGUUAUUCAAGCGAUUCGGCUGCGGUUUGUUGUCAAAAGCUCGAUCCGAAUCGAAUGCAACAUUGUCGAGCAUUAUUUCCACGUAAAAAGAUAUAUAUAUAUAUAGUCAUACAGAAGAAGAUGAGUUCUUCCGGACGAGCAUAAAGUCACAUUGAUAUGACCAACCUUUAAUUUUUAUUUGAAAAUUAAAAUCAUGUUUAUUUAUGCUGAUCUUUAUGUUUAAGAUUAAUAAUUAUAAUUCAUCCAUAUUUUUGGAUUUCGUAGCAA